UCGAUUGAUUGAUCGAAUUGAUUCAAUUUAUUGACUUGAUUUGAACAAUAAUGUUGUCAUCAUUAUUGAUUUUUACAAUAUUCUCGACAACCGUUUGGCCAUCAUCAUCAUCAUCAUCAACAUUAACAUGUACGGAAACAAAUCUAGCUAAUGCUGAUCUAUGUGGUGAAAAAUUAUUCUUUGUCGGUAAAAAUUCUCGACCAUUUCCGGUGAAUGAAACAGAAUUAAAUGAUUAUUGUAAUGAAACAAUUCAGUUGAUAAAAUGUGUAAGAAAAUUCACUGAACAAUGUGCAAAAAAUUCGGAACAAAAACAAUUAGCCAAUGUUAUGCUUUAUACGGUACGUUCAUUACAUCGUUCGACUUGUGGUUCAAAAACGAAACGUUUACAAUUAUUACACAUGUCAUCAUGUGUAAAUUCUUUACGAAAACAAUCAUCACAUUGUAUGAAUCAAAUGUUGAUACGUUUUGGUCAGGCAUUAGGUUUGCAACAGCAAAAUAAUCGAAUACCAUAUGGAUGUUGUUCAUUUCAUCGGAUGAAAUCUUGUGUAUUGGAACAUGCAGAACGACAACCAAAAUAUUGUGAUUCAAAAUCGAUCGAAUAUUUUGAUCAAUACAUAUCGAAUAUGGCUGGAAAUACAUUACAAUUAAUGUGUUCGGAUUAUGAUGGUGAUUCGGAUCGUUGUCAACGAAUCAAUCGACUUUCAUACGAUAUAUCCAAAAUAAUUUUACCGAAAUCUAUACUUAAAGCAUUUGGAAAUCUUCUUCUUCUUUCAUCGGAUUUUCAAACUGUUUGAUUUCAAUAUAAAUAAAUAAAUAACUUUUUAACAAAAUAUUGGAAAAAAUAUUAUUCCCGCUCACCAUCGACAGAUGGCAGUAAUGUUUCGA